ACUUACUGAGCCGCCGGAAAAGGCCAUUUCUCAUGAUUAGUGAGCCAAUAGCUCAACCGCUUUGACUUUCAAAGGACCAAUCCUCCCAUUUCAAUUCUCAUCAUCGUCACCAAUUUCUCCUCUUUUUUCUUCAAUCUAAGGUGAUGGAUAACAGCAACUAAUAGAAACUUUACAAGAACAAGUGAAGGCUGAUCAGUUGUUUACAGCUCGUGGUGUUUAUGUGCAAGAAUUAGCCCAUACCUCCACAUAUUAAUCUGGUCCUCAAUGUGGCCUUUACAUGUUCUCGUAAAUAAGCUUUUGGGUACAGAUGAACUAGAUGACGAACAAUCAGAUGAAAAUCAUUGGAGCUUGGUUGAAUUCUUUUCAUUCAGACAGUCAGUUAUGAAUGGGAAUUAUGAUACUGCGCUCUUGCCUAGAUCAUAUUUUGUAGAUGUGCCACACAUCCACCAACUACGCACAUGGGAUUGUGGACUCUAUUGUGUUUUGAUGGCAUUAAGAACACUUGGUAUAAAAAACUGUAAUAUUCAAGAACUGGAUAAGUUAUGCUGUACCACAAGUAUUUGGACGGUUGAUCUCGCAUAUCUGCUGCAGAAGUUUGCUGUAAAUUUUUCCUACUUCACUGUAACAUUGGGAGCAAAUCCAAAAUUUUCUGCAGAGAUAUUCUACAAGGAGCAAUUGCCUAAUGAUUCUGCGCGAGUGGAUACACUCUUUCAGAAAGCAAUGGAUGCUGGAAUUAGUAUAGAGUGCAGGUCAAUCAGUGGAGAACAACUCUCUCUUUUAAUAUUGUCAGGAAAGUAUAUAGCAAUUGCAUUGGUUGACCAAUACACAUUAAGUCGGUCAUGGCUAGAAGAUUGUUGUGUCUCAAGCUUGUGCAAUGGCAGCUUUAGUUACACUGGUCAUUAUGUCGUAAUAUCUGGCUAUGAUGCUGUAAGAGAUGAGUUUGAGAUUCGAGAUCCAGCUAGUUCGAGGAAACUUGAGCGGAUCACAUCAAGAUGUCUGGAAAAAGCCCGCAAAUCGUUUGGUACUGAUGAGGAUCUGCUACUGAUAUCCUUGGCAAAGCCAAAGAAUCAGUAAUAGCCCAGAAAUGAAGCGUCUCUUCUUCAAAGUAUCAGUAAUUCUCAUCCCCUUGUAUGAACCUGCUUGUUGCAUCAGUGGCACAUUAUAUGGUUCAUUUUCUGCUGUCAUCUAUACGUGUAACAGGAUCUUAAUGACCAGUUGUCUUGCAUAGGAGUCGCAAUGUGGUAUAUAAGUACGGAUCACAAUACAUAUGUGCUUUUUGCAUAUAUUCAUGUCAGAAUAGUUAAAUGAAGCAAAUAAAUAUAGACAGUGUGGUUACAGAAGCAAAUAAUUCUUGUUUGCAGUCGGAAUUUUACAUCUAGGAAAUUCUGCUCACCUCAAGUUUACUUUGA